CCACACUCCUGCCUGCUGUCACUGACCACAGUCAUCAUGCCUCGGGGUCAGAAGAGUAAGCUCCGUGCCCGUGAGAAACGCCGCCAGGCUCAAGAAGAACCCGAGGGUGUGGAGGGUGCUCAAGCCACUGUAGCAGAGAAAGAAAAGUCCGUCUCUUCCUCUUCUCCUCAUUUCAAAGAAAAACCCCAGAAGUCAUCUGCUUCUGGAACACCCGGUGAUCAGCAAAAGCCAGGGAAAGCCCCAUCCAGCACUGCUGCUGCAGCAGCUGCUUCCUCCACAAGAUCUCAUGAAGGUGCCACCAGCCGAGUUGAGGAAAAGUCAAAUACCUCACAGGCCCAGGCUUCCACUGAGCACAGGCAAAGAGGCCCCGUAGAAAAGAAGUCUACGAUGCUGAUGCGUUACCUGCUGAGCAAGUAUGAAAAGAAAGAGCCUGUUACAAAGGCAGAUAUGCUGAGAAAUGUGAUCAAAACAGAUAAGAAACACUUUCCUGAGAUCCUGAGGAGAACCUCUAGGAACCUGGAGCUGAUCUUUGGCCUCGACAUGAAAGAAGUUGAUCCCAACAGGAGCCUCUAUGUCCUCGUCAACAAACUGGAACUAAGCUGUGAUGCAAGAGUGAAUGACAACACAGGCUUGCCCAAGACUGGCCUGCUGAUGACUGUUCUUGCUGUCAUCUUCUCGAAGGGCAAUCGUGCUACUGAGGAGCACAUCUGGAAAUUGCUAAAUAUGAUGGGAGUAUACUGUGGGAAGGAGCAUUUCAUCUUUGGGGAACCCAGGAAGCUUCUCACCGAAGAUUUGGUAAAAGAAAACUACCUGGAAUAUCGUCAGGUGCCCAACAGUGAUCCUCCAAGCUUUGAAUUCCUGUGGGGUCCAAGAGCCUACGCUGAAACCAGUAAGAUGAAAGUUCUUGAGUUUUUUAGCACUUUCAAUCGGACUGUCCCUAGUGCCUACCCACGCUUGUAUGAAGAGGCUCUGAGAGAUGAAGAGGAGCGAGCCCAAGCCAGAGUUGCAGCUAGGCUUCCUACUCGUUCUAGGGCCGCUUCCAGCAGCUUUCCUGUCCCAAGUGAAGGCUGA